AUGCAGAACCUAAAGCUAGAGAGGGAAACAAUAAAAGGAUCCCUGAAAAAAGUUUUUAAAGAAAUUGAAGAGGUGAAUCCCAGUGACGAGAAGACAAUACAAAGACUCCUGCAACAAGUUGAUGAUAAAGCAGAGCGAGUAUUUCUUCUAGACAACAGCAUAAAAGACAUUCUAUUUGCAGAAGAAACCAGCACGGAAACUAUUAGCAAGGAAUUAAAUGAUGAAGAAAACUUUCGUGACGAGGUAGGAAAAUUUAGAAUAGAAUGUGAAUACUUGAUCAAAAAUUUAAAAACUUUGAAAGAUCAAGAAAAUAAAGGUACAAAAAAUGAAAAACCUGUCAAAAAUUUACAUCUGCCAAAACUUGAAAUAAAGAAAUAUGAUGGAAAUGUCAAAAAUUGGAUAAAUUUUUGGGGCCAGUUUAGAAAAAUCGAUGAAGACGCAGACCUUCCAAACGAAGACAAGUUCCAAUACCUGAUCCAAUCAACAGAAGAUGGCACGCCAGCCAGAAGCCUUGUCGAAAGCUUCCCACCUUCCGCUGAAAAUUAUAAAAUAGCCAUUGACCAACUGAAAAAUAGAUUCGCAAGGGACGAAAUUUUAAUUGAGGUAUACGUUAGGGAGUUAUUAAAUUUAAUUCUAAAUCAACAAACCUCAAAGGAGGACCCAGGUAUGGCUUUAUCUACUUUGUAUGAUAGGUUGGAGACUCAGCUUAGGGCUUUGGGAACACUAGGUGUUACUAGCGACAAGUAUGCAGCGAUGCUUUUGCCACUUGUUGAAUCCGCGCUACCUUAUGAGUUGCUUAAAAUUUGGGAAAGAAAUAGGGCUUCUAAUAAUUUAAAAUUUAAUAAUGAGUUGCAGGGUCUACUAGAGUUCCUGAAAACAGAAGUGGAGGCCGAAGAGCGUGUAAAACUUGCUCAGUCUAGUUUCACAGUUCCAAAAAGUAUUGACGAUAAGUAUACUGUAGAAACCUUACAUACAGAGAGUUUAAAAACCAAGGGUAAGCAAAAGUUUUCUUGUAUUUUUUGCGAAAGCAAUACACAUGCCAGUCAGGACUGCAUUAAAGCUCAGAAAAUGACUUUAGAGCAGAAAAAAUCCAUUAUAAGUAAAAAACGGAGUUGUUUUUCAUGUUUAAAGCAGUUUCACAAUUUUCGGACAUGCAAAACAACUGUCAAAUGUAUAAAAUGCGCUCGCAAGCAUUUUACAUUAAUGUGUCCUGAUUUGCAUGAAAAAGAAAACAAAAAUAGAGAUUUGCAAAAAUCAGAAUCUUUAGAAAAUACAUUAACAACUGUCGCUUCUGAAACUUUACUGCAAACGAUCAAUGUUAGGGUUAUUUCUGAUAAUAAAAGGUCAAUGACAGUAAGGGCACUGCUAGAUUCGGGUUCGCAACGUUCCUAUAUAACUACAAAAUGCGCGGAAGAUUUAGGGUUAACUAAAAUUGGACAAGAAAAUAUAGUUCAAGGUGUUUUUGGUGGGUUGCAGGGAGCUCCAAAGAUUCAUCGUUUGUUUAAGGCAGGUAUAGAAAAUUUAGAAAAUUCAUUCAGCAUCGGGUUAUCUUUACUGGAACAAUCUAAAAUUUGCAAUUACGUUCCAAAACUAAUUGACCAAAAGGUCCUAGAUUUAUUAAAAGCUAAAAAUAUUUAUAUAAAUGAUUCUGCUUCUAAAGAAUUAGAGGUUAAUUUAUUAAUAGGGGCAGACAUGUUUGGUCACAUCAUAACGGGAAACUUGGUAAACAUAAAUGAUUCUUUAGUAGCUUUGGAAACCAAGUUUGGUUGGACCGUUAUGGGGACACAAAAAAGUAAUAAUAAAAUAAACACGUUUGUUUCAACUUAUUUUACUGACUCAUUGAGUACUUUAUGGAGUUUAGAUGUUCUGGGUAUAAAAGAUCCAGCAGAGACGAAAUGUCGAGAAGAGUUAGACAUUCGCACUUUAGAAAAAUUUAAAGAAAGCACUGUGAUAAAUAGUGAAAAUAGAUAUGAAGUUUGUUUACCAUGGGCAGAAGGUUAUCCGGCUAUAACCUCUAAUUUUAAUUUAGCUGAAAAGCGACUUUUUUCUACCACAAAACGGUUACUUUCUCUGAACAAGCUUACAGAGUAUGACAAUAUAUUCCAAGAUUGGGAAAAUACAGGAAUCAUUGAAGAAGUAGAAGAAGAGCCGUUGGAAAAGAAUACGCACUACUUGGCACAUCACGCAGUUGUCAAAGAGUCCAGUUUAACUACGGAGAUCCGACCAGUGUUUGAUGCGUCAGCUAAGGAUGGUAACGGUAAUUCUCUUAAUGAUUUACUAGAAAAGGGUCCGAAUCUAAUUGAGCUAAUAAUACCUUUAAUUUUAAAGUUCAGGUUACAUAAAAUUGGGGUAACGUCAGACAUAGCGAAGGCAUUUUUGCAGAUAAGCAUUUCAGAGAAAGAUAGGGAUUUUUUACGAUUUUUGUGGUGGAAAAACUAUGAAAAAAGAGAAAUAAAAAUAUUUAGACAUUGUAGAGUAGUUUUUGGGCUAAAACCAAGUCCGUUUCUUUUAGCAGCAACAGUUAAUUUGCAUUUAGAAAAGGAAAAAACAUACACAGAAACAGCUAAUUAA